GUGGGGUAAGAAAUGGAGCUGGAUGGUGUGGUGGAGAUGUGGAUCCAGAUGCAGGCUGUAGAGCCGCUGUAUGAACCGGACGCGCUGCUUUAAACGACACGCGGCGACGCCGUCCGUCCGUCCGUCUGUCCAUCCGUCGGGAGUCGGGAAUCGUCUUGGUGAUGUGGAAUAAGCGGUAAUCGUGGAAUCGUGGAGAAAUCUUGGGGAAAACCAGGGAAAAGGCAGGACGCGGACUGUCUCUCUGUCUGAGCGAGCUGUCUAUCGCUAAAUGCAUAAAUGCAGCCAUCAACGUGAAAAGCCGUCACUGCGAUAAACAGCGACAUACACAUGAACUAGCGCUAUAUCGAUCACAUCGCUUAUUGAUUACCGCGUCUCGAGGAUUUCCCUAAAGGCUGAUCAGAAAACAUGGACGAAGACAAUCAUGUACCGGAGGAUCUGUCCUUAGAUGAGAGGGAUGAGCUGACGAACAUACGACGCAGGAAAAAAGAGCUGUUGGAUGAUAUUGAGCGGUUGAAGUACGAGAUCGCGGAGGUGAUGACGGAGAUCGAGCAGCUCACCUGCGUGGGCGAGAGCAAAACCACACAGAGAAACAAACAGAUCGCCAUGGGAAGAAAGAAAUUCAACAUGGAUCCCAAAAAGGGAAUCCAGUUCCUCCUGGAAAAUGAUCUCCUGCAGCACACCCCUGAAGAUAUCGCUCAGUUCCUCUAUAAAGGAGAGGGUCUGAAUAAAACUGUCAUUGGCGAUUACCUGGGAGAAAGGGAUGACUUCAAUAUUAAAGUUCUCCAGGCCUUUGUGGAGCUCCAUGAAUUUUCAGACCUCAAUCUUGUUCAGGCAUUAAGGCAGUUCCUCUGGAGCUUCAGGCUGCCGGGCGAGGCGCAGAAGAUCGAUCGAAUGAUGGAAGCGUUCGCGUCUCGGUACUGCCAGUGCAACCCAGGGGUCUUCCAAUCCACAGACACGUGUUACGUCCUCUCCUUCGCCAUCAUCAUGCUGAACACCAGCCUCCACAACCCCAACGUCAGAGACAAACCCGCCGUGGAGCGCUUCAUCUCCAUGAACAGAGGAAUCAACGAGGGAGGAGACCUGCCCGAGGAGCUGCUCAGGAAUCUGUACGAAAGCAUUAAAAGCGAACCCUUUAAAAUCCCGGAGGACGACGGAAACGACCUGACCCACACCUUCUUCAACCCCGACCGCGAGGGCUGGCUGCUGAAGCUAGGGGGCAGAGUAAAAACCUGGAAGAGACGGUGGUUCAUUUUAACCGACAACUGCCUGUACUACUUUGAGUACACAACGGACAAGGAGCCGCGGGGGAUCAUUCCUCUGGAGAACCUCAGUAUCCGAGAGGUGGAGGAGCCCAGGAAGCCGAACUGUUUUGAGCUCUAUAACCCAAACCACAAGGGUCAGGUGAUCAAGGCCUGUAAGACGGAGGCUGACGGGCGGGUGGUGGAGGGAAAUCACGUGGUCUACAGGAUAUCAGCUCCAACACCGGAGGAGAAGGAGGAGUGGAUCAAAUCCAUCAAAGCCAGCAUCAGCAGGGACCCCUUCUACGACAUGCUGGCAACCAGGAAGCGGCGCAUCGCCAACAAGAAGUAGUGAGGGCACCACACCCCCCACCCGUGCCCAACCCUGUACCAGCGGCGUGACGCCACACGCACCGUACCUCCACCUAAACUCUACAUACUGUACCUACUGCACACUGCCCUGCAGGAUCCGCCCACCUUUACCAGCCAGCGCACGUGAGCCGCGGCGGACUGAUCGACGUGGGAUACCGAAACUGUGCCACACAAGAGCUCACGUGACCCAAAUCCUUACCAGUCUAUCAAAUGUACCCAUUUUUACCCCCCUUUUUACCCUUUUUACCCACCCUGUUCCCCGUAUUUCUGUAUGUUACCCCGUCUUGUGUCGGGGCUGGAAAAAAAUGAACACAGCUGCCGUCGGUUGUUCUCUUUGCACUUGCAUGGAUGUCGUUUUGCAGACGUGGACGAAGUACUCACGUGAGAUGCUGGAGGAUACGCGCCGGGGGUCACUUUCACACUAGGUAAAACGCUGGUGAACCAUGAAGAAACCAUGGUAAACUGUGGUGAAACCUUGGAAAACUCUGGUAAACUUUGGAACACUAUAGUUAACUGUGUUGAAACCUUAGUAAACUUUGGUAAAACUUUUCAAAACUGUGGGAAAAUCUUGCCAAACUCUGAUUAAACAUGGUGAAACCUUGGUAAACUCUAGUUUUCUGUGGUGAAACAUUGGUUAACCAUGGUGAAACCUUAAAAAAACCAUGGUGAAACAUUGAUAAACUCUGGUAAACUUUAGUAAACUGUGGUUAAACCCUCUAAAACCAUGGUGAAACUCUAGUUUACUGUGGUGAAACCUUGGUUAACCACGGUGAAACAUUGGUAAACUCUGGUAAACUUUGGUAAACUCUAGUUAAUCAUGGUGAAACCUUGGUAAACUCUGGUAAACUUUAGUGAAACUUUUCAAAACUAUGGUAAAAUCUUGCCAAACUCUGGUUAAAUGUGGUGAAACCUUGGUAAACUUUAGUGAAACUUUUCAAAACUAUGGGAAAAUCUUGCCAAACUCUGGUUAAACGUGGUGAAACCUUGGUAAACUCUGGUAAGCUUUGGUAAACUGCGGUUAAACCCUCCAAAACCAUGGUGAAACUUUGGUUUCUCUUCAGUUAACUGUGGUGAAACCUUGAUAAACCAUGAUGAAACCUUGGUAAACUCUAGUAAACUUUAGUAAAACUCUUCAAAACUAUGGGAAAAUCUUGCCAAACUCUGGUUAACCGUGGUGAAACCAUGGUAAACUUUGGUAAACUUAAGUAAACUGUGAUGAAACCUCGACAAACCAUGGUGAAACAUUGGUAAACUCUAGUUAACUGUAGUAAAACCUUGGUAAACCAUGGUGAAACCUUGGUAAACUUUGGUAAACUUUAGUAAAUUGUGUGGUUAAACCAUGGAAAAGCCUGGUAACAUCUGGUAAACUUUAGUAAACUGUGGUUAAAACCCCCUAAAACCAUGGUGAAACUUCAAUAAACUCUAGUUAACUGUGGUUAAACCUUGGUAAACUCUGGUAACAUCUGGUAAACUUUAGUAAACUGUGCUUAAACCCUCUAAAACCAUGGGGAAACUUUGGUAAACUUUGGUAGACUUUGGUAAAACUCUUCAAAACUGUGCUUGGUAAACUUUGGUAAACUUUAGUAAACAUUGUGGUUAAACCAUGGAAAAGCCUCUUAACAUCUGGUAAACUUUAGUAAAUUCUGUGGUUAAACCCUCUAAAACCAUGGUGAAACUUCGAUAAACUCUAGUUAACUGUGGUGAAACCACGGUAAACUCUGGUAAACAUUAGUAAUAAAUAAAUAUUCGUAAACUUUAGUGGUUAAACCCUGAAAAGCCGUGGUAAAACAUUGGUAAACAGUGCUGGAACCUUGGAGAACUCUGGUUAAAUCAAGGUGAAACUCUGGUUAAUCGUGGUGAAACCUUGGAAACCAUGAUAAAACUUUGGUAAACUCUGGUAAACCAUGGUUAAACCCUGAAAGCCAUGGUAAAACCUUGGUAAACAGUAUUACCUAAUUACAACUACUUAACUUAUACAAUAUUACUGAAAUUUAAAUAUUUUUAGUUAAAACGUACAUAUUACACUGUCUCAACACAUGGACGGCAUGUAAUAUAUUGAUUUUAGUUUACUAAUAUAAAUAAUGUAUUAAUUUAUAUUAUAAUAUAUUAUGUAUCAUAAAUUAAUUGAGUAAUAUUUUAUGAAUUAAGUAAUUGUAAUUAGGUAAUAUUGUAUAUUUAUUGUACAUUUAAGUCCUGAAACCAAGUUGAAGUUACUUAAAUUAAUCUGAAAUUAAAUUUACUUUAAAAAAGCAAAUGCAGAAAGUUGUGAAACUUUUUUAAAGUAAAUUUUACUCAUCGUUUUUAUUCAGUGUGGUGGUGCGCUCCUGCAGAUCUCUGAUUUAAUAUUUCAGUAACUCUGAUUAACUCUACGGUGCUGAACGCGUCUCUGCCUGUGCCGUUCGCUGAAGUAAACGAGCAUUAAAAGGAUAAAAUAAUAAAAGCUUGAGACGAGUGUGAUGUAAAUGUGGGAAUGCUAUUUUAACAGUAUGUGACAGUCUUGAGUCAGCUGGACUGAUUUCUUCGUUUUCAGACAGAUUAGUAGAGAAUUAUAAAAUGUGCAUCUUUUAUCUUUCUGUUGUGAGUCGGCGGCGGGUUCCAGUCAGUUUAAGCUUCCUGUUUCUGUUCCGUCUUUAAUACAGACCGGUCUCACCUAUCACACUCCUCUGUGUUCAUACAGCUCUGAUAAAAAUAAGAAAUCACUUAAAAAUGAUGAGUUUCUCUGAUUUUAACAAAUUAAAAUCCUCUGGAAUAUAAUCAAGAGGAAGAUGGAUGAUCACAAACCAUCAAACCACCAAACUGAACUGCUUGAAUUUUUACACCAGGAGUAAAGCAGCAUAAAGUUAUCCAAAAGCAGUGUGUAAGACUGGUGGAGGAGAACAUGAUGCCAAGAUGCAUGAAAAAAACUGUGAUUAAAAACCAGGGUUAUUCCACCAAAUAUUGAUUAUUUCUGAACUAUUAAAACUUUAUGAAUAUGAACUUGUUUUCUUUGCAUUAUUUGAGGUCUGAAAUCUCUGCAUCUUUUUUGUUAUUUCAGUCAUUUCUCAUUUUCUGUAAAUAAAUGCUCUAAAUGAGAAUAUUUUUAUUUGGAAUUUGGGAGAAAUGUUGUCUGUAGUUUAUAGAAUAAAACAACAAUGUUCAUUUUACUCAAACAUAAACCUGUAAAUAGCAAAAUCAGAGAAACUGAUUCAGAAACUAAAGUGGUGUCUUCAUUUUUUCCAGAGCUGUAUAUACCAAAACAUCUUUAAAUCAAUAAAAAUAUAUAUUUUUUAAAUGUUUAGCCUCAUUUAGCCUCAAACUGUUAAAAAAUCUACCUGUUAAACUUUAAACUGACGUUCGGAGCAUCUUCUACACCUGCUGUUUUGGUUCAGACCAGAGGCAGGUGUGAAAACAUCCUUAUUACAUUUAAAUAAUCUUUUUUUAUAUUUAAUAUAUUUUAUUUUGAUUGCCAGUCAGUGUAAUUCUAAUCGUUUUAAAUAAUUUUAGUCGUUUAGUUUAUUUUAUUUUGGUGCUAAAUUAAAAAAAAAAAGUGGUAGUAAAACUUCAUAAUUUAAUUUUUUCAUAUAUUAUAGUGAAGAAGAAAUGGCUUUCCAUCAAAUUAAAAUUUGUACUUUUUAAUUUCUGCCUUUUACAAACACAAAUUCUAUGUUUAUCAGCUCAUUUUUUGGACUGUUUGUCGCUACAUUUGGAAAAGUAUUCUUAGUAUAGUGAAGCAGAAAUGGUUUGGAAAGUGGGUUUCCUGCGAUUUUUUUCAUUUUUAUUUUUUCAUUUCUGCCUUUUACAAACAGAAUUAGAAAAAAAUCUAAAACACAUUUUCUCUUAAUUUUCUGAUUUUUAAUUUUUCCAUCGUGUUACAAAAAUCUUAUUUUAUAAUCCAAUCUGCUUUUGUUACAAGAUGAAAAAGUGGAAAAAUCUGAAAAUUGAUGAAAACUGAUCUCUUCUCGACUAUACUAAAUGGAAAAAAUAUAUAAUUAAUGUUUUAUAACCAGUUUUCCAUUUUGGAAAAAUUUUAAAACAUCUUUUAACAAAAAUCAAUAUGUUUAUGAAAAAGAAAUAUCAAAAAAACAUAAUUUGUACAAUAUUUUUUUUUAAUUAGGGUACAAUCCAAUAUACUUUUGUUACAAAAAUUCUUCACUAUACUAAAUAGAAAAUAAUAUUAAUGUUAUAUUAAAGUUUUACACCCAAGUGUGACAUUUUAUUCUCAUUUAGCCUCAGUCAGAAAAUCUAGAUAUAAAAGUAUCAAAAAGUCCAAACGCAGAAAUGAAAUCAUCCUUAUUUUAUUUACAUUAUCUUUUUUUUUUUUAUAUUUAAUUGAGUUUAUUUAGAUCUUGAUUCGAUUUUUAUUUUAUUUUAUAUACAGAUAUAUAUUUGAGGAGUGUGAUACGUGGGCCUGGGUCUGGUGGAGCCUCUGUUUCGGUGGGUCGGUGUUUCGUUGUGAUGCGAUGCUUUAUUUCGUUUUUCUGUUUAUCUAAACAAACACUCUGCUCGCUUUUUACAUUCCCUUUAUGAAUUUUACCUGAAAUUCUUUUGGUUUAUUUAUUUUCUCUGUGAAAUGGUUCAUAUUCUACCUGUAAUUGUUGAAACUAUAGAGUUAAGUUAUGUGUAAAUACUGUAAACAUUUGUCUUCUUUAUUGUGUGUGUUUAUGAAUUAUUACAUUAUUACGUAUAAAUCUACUGGUUACGUUAAAAGCUUAGGGCUUUCUGUUUGACGGCCUUAUUAUUAUACGUAACUACGAACUUUUACAGUCCUGUCAGGAGUGUUUUUAAUUCCAACAGAAAUCCUGAAGACAGUGAUGCGUUUCAGAUUUAUUAUCAUUAUUAUUAUUAUUAUUAUAUUUUCUUGUUUAUCUUGUAGUGAUUUAUAUGUAUUUGUAAGAUAAGAGCUCUAGCCCAGGUCAGUUUUAUUAUCUGGCUGAUCUUUGAGGCUACGCAUUAAUUUUUAUAUGUCUGUAAAAGCUAUUGGUCAUAUUGUACAUGCUGUAUAACAUAAAGCAUUGAUAAGCUUUA